AUGGAUGGGUUUACACCAUUUCACUUGGUGUCUGAGGUGGGAAAUCUGAAAAUUAUGAAGCUGCUUCUGUCAAGUCACCAAGCCUCGCAGACUAGUCUCGACCUUCGGGAUAAGUUUGAUCGAACGCCGCUGUUCUAUGCUGCUGCAAGAGGUUCUGCUGAUGUGGUCGAAGUCAUUCUACCUCAUUCAUCGAUACACCUGAAAGAUCGCUACGGUGCCACGCCAAUUUUUGCUGCGGACAUAAACGGCCACGAGGAGAUUUUCAAGCAAUUAGUGUCCUUAAUAAAGCGGCAGGUCGACUUUGAGGAUGGCCUUGAUCGAACCUUGCUUUGGUGGGCGGCGGGAACAGGACAAACUACGAAUGAGCGAUCUUGUCCUUCAGCUCACUCAGAAACUGGGCAUUCAAGACCAGAAAACUAA